AUGACUCAGCUUAUCCAGGAGACUAGGCUCCUUAGAGAUGAUCUCAAUUCCGGAGGAUCCAAAGUCGAUGCUUUUCUCGUUCCCGGACCUUCUUCAGGUAUUCCUGAAAAACGGAAAGGUAAGAAUAAGAAGUUAAAUACGACAAAUCUAAAUUUGAGUGGUGAUAAAACUUAUGUAAAGGCUUUUGGUUCACGAGUAGCCCACGAGGAUGACAAUAUUAAUCGGUCUUGUAAAAAGUCUGCUGGCAGAAGUGAGUUGUCUCUGGUUAAUGUCGGUACUAAACCUGUAAACAUAUAUGGUAAUACUUUAACUAAAACAAUUAACGAUGAAAAUAGAAUUCUUAAAAGAAGUGAUAUUAAAAAUAUGAGUGAGGAAGAGAUUUUUGAUAAUUUUAUUGAGGUAGAUAAUAAAAAAGAAAUUGAGUGGUCAGUUCCGAGAAAUAGAAAGAGUAUUCGUAAAAAGAAAAGACUAAAAUCCACUCCUAACAAAGACAGUACACAAUCAGACACAAAUCCAGAAUAUGAUCUUAGUAAUGACAAUUAUGUUAAUUCUAAAAGAAAUGCGGAUUAUGGUGUUGCUAGAAAAAAUAACGUUAGUAAUAUUAAAAGUAAACCUAUCGGUAACUUUAAAGAUAAGGUUGCAAAUUUAAAGAGGAAAGUUCCGCGUACUUCCGCCAUCUCAAUUUUAUCUGAAAGUGCUGAUAUAACUUAUUCUGAAAUACUGCGUAUGGCAAGAGAAAAUAUUUCAUUGUCAGAAUUGAACAUUUGUGAUACAAAAAUUAAGAGGUCCAUUACGGGUGGAAUCCUUAUAGAAAUACCUGGGGAAGAAUCUGAUCUAAAAGCGGACAUGUUGUUAUCCAGAUUGAGGCAUCUAUUUAAAGAUACUAAUGGUGUUAAGAUUAGGAAACCUAUUAAAAAUUCACAGUUAAAGUUAAUGGGAUUGGAUGACUCAGUUUCUACAUCAGAAAUAUGUUCGAUACUUGCUGAUAUUGGUAAGUGUUCGACGGAUAGUAUUUCCUGUAGCCCAGUCAGAUUCGUCCGUGGUGGUCUUGGCGUUGCGUAUGUACGCUGUCCAAUCGCUGCGGCAGUAGGCAUUCUUGAGGCUACAAGAAUAAAUAUUGGAUGGACAACGGUGAGAGUUGAACCGAUGGACCCGAAGCCAUUGCAAUGCUUCAGAUGCUUGGCUGUUGGUCAUACCUUUCAAAGAUGCCCAGAAUCCAAGGACAGGAGGAACUGCUGUUAUAGAUGCGGAGAAUUUACUCACAGGGCCUCUGAGUGCAGGAACAGAAUUAAAUGUCCUGCCUGUGUAGAUAGGGGCCUAAAGGAUGAUCAUUUGGCCGGUACAUUAGCGUGUAAGCCUAUCCCUCCUAGGAAAACAUUAAUUUUUAAUGUAAAUAAAGAUAAUGAUUGUACUCAUUUAAAUACCUUACCUGUAAUACAUACCGAGGAACGGAGGUCUCUGGUCACGGUGGAGUCAUCCGCCUGCGAGAUGGAAACGGAUAAUUUAAAUGGUUAA